AGUACAACAGGUUCGAUUUGAGCGCAGCUUUACUGCGAGCAGCAUGACCAAGUUGUGUGACUUGCUAGGCUCGCGCCCGGAGGUAACGUACGGGUGCAUGUACACCAAGCACAAGACGCAGAAGCGCAAGAUCUGGCAAGAUGGAUUUGUGACGCUCUACGCGUCGCGAAGACUCGUCGUGUACGCGGAAGACGAAGGAAAGGCAGGGAAAGCCAUUGACGAGGCCAAGUUGACUCCAUUCGAUUGGGAUCGCAAGGACGAAGAGCACUUCGAGACGUCCAAAUUCCUAGUGGAGAUCGUCAAUGAGACUCCCAUCAGCUUCACUCCGUCCAUGCAGACAGCCACCUCAGCCAGUGCGAACGUCAGCUUCGAAGCUGCUAGUUCAGUCCAACAAUCAACUGCUAAUGGGGCUGGAGCACGUCCGAGGCCUCCUUCUGGACUGGGAGGCAGACCACGUUUCUCGAACUCCAAGUUCCGCACGCCGCUCAGUCGUGGCCCAUCGCGGCUCGCCAGACCCGGCGCAACAGGCCGAGCUGGACACCCGUACAAUCGUAACGCACCUGCCAGUGUGCCAACUCCACCAACUGCAGCGUCCAGCCCAACCUUCGACUUCGUUCGUAACCCGACGUCCGAGUGGAAGUACAUCCCAAACGCCAUCAACCGCACUCGUACGUCCUCCUACUUUGUACUCACAUGGAGGCAUACAUGCUAA